AUGAUCUGCAAGCUUUUCCUACAAUGCGAUAGGACAGACGGUCUCUCCCUGUUCGAUCUCACGUCCGGUGCUUCUCCUUCCCCUCCUGCCGAUGCUGACAGCACUGGACCACUUCCUCUCUCUUUGCCCCACCACACUCACGUUGACCUCCUCAAGGAGCGCCUCCUGGCAGCAGAUAAGAGUAUAGUCGCUGUAGGAGCCUCUCGUGGUAGGGGCAAGGGGGGCAAGGGCGCUGGAGGAGCUGGCGGGGGCGGUGGAGGUGGCGGUGGAGGUGGUGGAGGGGGUGGGGGUGGUGGUGGGAGUGGUGGCGGGGGUGGGGGCGUCGGUGGCGGUAGUGGAGGCGGAGGAGGCGGCGGCGGUGGCGGUGGGAGCGGAGGAGGAGGCGGUGGCGGCGGUGGUGGAGGUGGAGACGGCAGCAGUGGAGCUGGUCGAGGCGGCUCUGCGCAGAGGGGCGGCUCCGAUGGUGGUCAGCGCCAACAGCAGCAGCGCACUCGUGAGACCCCGCCCCCUACCAGCUUCUCGGGGGUUGCUAUCUUUGAUCUUGAUUAUGAUGCUAUUCUUGCUGCCAUGUAUGCUGUGUCUACUAAUGAUGAGGGUGACUGUUACCCGUUUGUUCCGCCUGACCCGGGCAUUGGGACUGUUGGUGUAAGGGCCUAA